AGAUACAGGAGCAACAGAGUCAUUCAUUAGGUCUUCAGUGUUGCCAUUUUCAGAAAGGAGUGAUACAGGGGACUGUGUGAUAGUGAGAGGGGUUAGUUUGGUUCCUUUGAGUGCCCCAUUGCACAAAGUUUUCCUGACUUGUGGAUUUAUUGAGGGAGAUGUUCACAUUGCAGUUAGACCAGCUCUUCCAUUAGAGGGCGUAGAUGUAAUCUUAGGUAAUGACUUGGCUGGUGGCCGAGUUUGGCCUUCUGGGGGUCCUGUCAAAGUUUCAGCUCAACUGAAGGAACCAGAUGACUGUGUGAGGAACUUUCCAGAGGUGUUCACAGCUUGUGCUCUCACCAGAGCCAUGACGAAGGCUAAGUUGGAUACUGAAGAUUGUGAUUUCAAACUUGAUUUUAAACUACCUGAGUCUCUUUCUGUUUCUCAGCAGGAAUUGGUCACAGAACAAAGAGCAGAUGCGUCUCUGGGUGAACUGUUUAACCAGGUGCAGCCCACUCAGGAAGCAAAAAAGUUCAGCAUCUGGGUAUUUUCUACAGGAUGAGGUACUGGUGAGAAAGUGGAUUCUUCAAGGAACGGAUCUCCUGGGAAAUCCAGUUUUUCAAAUUGUAGUUCCUUCCAAAUUCAGAGAGAAAGUGUUAUCUUGUUCCCACAAUCAAACAGGUCACCUAGGAGUUAACAAAACAUAUCAGCGUAUUCUGUUAUUUUAUUUUUAUUUUUUGGUCUCAUUUAAAACGUGAUGUUGCAUCAUUUAUUAAGUCUUGUCAUACAUGUCAACUCACGGGUAAACCAAAUCAGUCUAUUAAACCAGCACCGCUUCGUCCAGUACCUGCGAUUGAAAAUCCAUUUGAACAUUUGAUAAUUGAUUGCGUCGGCCUGUUAUCAAAAUCUGGUUCUCAAUAUUUACUAACAGUAAUGUGUUUGGUAACCCGCUAUCCAGCAGCUUAUGCUUUACGUAACAUAACUGCAAAGUCUGUUGUUAAAGCAUUGACUCAGUUCAUGGCUAUCUUUGGGAUUCCAAAAAUCAUUCAGAGUGAUCAGGGUUCAAAUUUCUCUUCUCACCUUUUUGCUCAAGUUCUACAACAACUUGGCAUAAAACACAAUCAGGCUUCAGCUUAUCACGCACAAAGCCAAGGAACAUUAGAGAGGUUUCACCAAACCUUAAAAUCACUGUUGCGCUCCUAUUGCACGGAGUUGAACAAAGACUGGGAAGAGGGUUUACCAUGGUUAUUACUUGCAGCUAGGGAAGUUUGUCAAGAGAGUACUGGGUUCAGUCCUAGUGACCUUGUCUUUGGCCAUAAAGUCCGGGGUCCAUUGGCAGUUCUGCAUGAUAAUUGGUCCAGAGAUGAACCUCCAGCUAAUCUGUUGGACUAUGUCAAUGGGUUUCACCAUCGUCUCUAUACAGCAGGUCAAAUGGCUAAACAAAAUUUGGCUAAAUCUCAAAACAAAAUGAAAACUUGGUAUGAUAAACAUUCUGAAAAGCAUCAGUUUUGUGAAGGCGAUCAAGUUCUAGCACUGUUGCCUAUUGUGGGGGUCACCAUUUCAGGCAAAGUUUCAUGGUCCUUACACAGUAGUGAAACAGCUUUCAGAUCUUAACUAUCUAAUUGAAACUCCUGAUAGGAAAAAGCAGCAACAGUUGUGCCAUAUUAACUCCUAAAACCCUAUUUUGAGCGUGAGUCUUUGGUUAUGGGAACUGUAAUGACUGCCUGUGAGGUACAUCAGUCAGCUCUUCAUGGGGAGGAGGAAGUGGCAAUGCCAGAUGAGGCUAUUCUUUCUGGUCGUUUAAAAAAUUCUGAAACAUUAGAAAAUUUAAACUCUCUCUUGUCCCACUUGCCAAACAAAAGAGCAGUACAAUUAUCACAGCUAAUUCAAGAUUAUCCAUCCUUGUUUGGGGACACACCCACUAGGACAAAUCUAAUAGAACACAACACAGAUGUUGGUCAUGCUAAGCCGAUCAGACAAAGAUUUUUCUGUGUCUCACAGGAAAAGCAGAAGGUUAUUGACAAAGAAGUGAAAUAUAUGCUUGAUAAUAAUCUGGCUGUUCCAUCUGCUUCCAGCUGAGCGUCUCCCUGCCUUAACGUGCAGAAGUCAGACUAGUCACCACGCAUGUGCACAGACUUCCGUAAAGUUAAUGCGGUAACCAAACCUGACUCAUUUCCGUUGCCAAGAGUUGAGGACUGUGUUGACCAAGUCGGAAGUGCUCAGUUUGUAAGUAAGCUAGAUUUUCUGAAAGGGUAUUGGCAAGUGCCUUUAACCCAAAGAGCACAGGAAAUUUCAAGUUUUAUCACUCCAUCCGGCUUGUUUUCCUAUACAGUCAUGGGUUUUGGUUUAAGAAAUGCUCCAGCAACAUUUCAAUGCUUAAUGAAUCGUCUUGUCAGUGGUUUAAAGGGCUGCGCGGUUUACUUAGAUGAUGUUGUAUACAGCAAUACUUGGGAUGAACAUUUAGACCAAAUUCGGGCACUGUUUGAUCGUUUGGCUAAUGGGAAUCUUACUUUAAAUUUAGCCAAGUGUGAUUUUGCUAAAGCUACUGUUACAUACUUGGGAAAAGUUGUGGGACAGGGUCAAGUACGGCCUGUAAUAGCAAAAGUCACAGCAGUUUCUCAGUUUCCUACUCCAACUACAAAGAAAGAACUCAUGAGAUUCUUAGGCCUUGUGGGUUACUAUCGUUGUUUCUGUCGAAACUUUUCCAGUGUUGUAGCUCCUUUAACAGAUUUGCUUAAAUCCAAAGUAAAAUUUGUUUGGUUUCAGUCUUGUCAGCAAGCUUUUGAUGAAAUUAAGGCCCUCCUUUGUUCAUCUCCUGUUCUCCUUGCUCCCAGGUUCGAUCAGCCAUUCAAGCUACAUGUUGAUGCUAGCCAUGUAGGAGCAGGAGCAGUGUUGCUACAGUCGGAUGACAAUGGAGUGGACCGCCCUGUUAGCUUCUUCUCUAAAAGUUCAAUUCAUGUCAGCUGAAUUAUUCAGUUAUAGAAAAAGAAGCUCUUACUUUGAUCCUGGCUUUACAGCAUUUUCAAGUUUACAUUGAGUCUAGUUCUUCAGUCAUUGUGUAUUUGGAUCACAAUCCUUUAACCUUUCUAAAUUCUCUACAAAAUCCAAAUCAGAGGUUAAUGCGCUGGGCACUAUUUCUGCAACCAUAUCAUUUAGACAUCAGACAUAUUAAAGGCAAAGAGAAUGUGUUGGCGGACGCUCUGUCCCGUGCCCCUCUGUAAUCUGUUGUUCAUCCCAUCUCUAGUCUCUCCUCUCCUCCUCUUAAUUCACUCCUAGGCGCCAAGGCUGCUGAGUUGGAGUGGUUGAGCUGGAAGUUAGUGUUUUGAAUUCUGGGCUGGACCUGAUCUGAAGCAGCGUUUUUGGACACCUGUGGGGUCUUCAGGACUGGUGUCCAUUUGUCCAUCUGCUGCUGGUGAUUCCUGAUGUCUGCUGCUGUCCCGGGGUCUGUCUGGUUGUGUCCUGGUGUCCUGGGUUCCUGGUUCUUAUGGUUGCCUUGCCUGGUCCCCCUGGUCCUUGUCCUUUGAGUGCGCUUUCUCUGGCUCGCUGCUGGAGGAAAUCCGGCAUUAUUGAAAGUGUAUGCUCUAAUUUGGAGACGGUCCCCUUCAAGGGGCCCUUUUUUUGUGGGAGGGGGUGUGACGGCCCCAGGGCCUUUGCAGCUGCUCCUCUCCCAUCUCCCUCUGUGCAGGUGGGCUAUGGCCCCUCCUCCUAAUCUGGGCAAUUUAGGCAGAUCUGUCACACCUGUUCUGUCUCUGCUCCUGCUCCCUGGCCACCAUGCUGUCUCCUUCUGGUUUAGUUUGAUUUAUCUACACAUCCACACACCACAUGCACUACACCUUACACUUAGACGUUUUAUUGUUUAAAUAAAUCUUUUGUUAAACCUUUGACUUUUGUGUGGUCUCCCCAUCUUUGUUGCCACUUGUUGAGCCAGAGUGGUAACAGUAACCAGUGGACUGUCAGUGUGUCCAACAUGGAUCUGAUGUUUGGCUCUGGGAUUUGACUCUGAUGGACUCAUUGAAACAUUUCUCUGUUCCAGCUGCUGGAGGACAACAUGGUGACUUUUGUGAAUAAGGAGCUGAAGAAGAUGCAGAAACUUUUGAGUCCAGAUUACCCAGAAUGCUCCUCAGAGAGUCAGAGGGAGGAUGAGGAGGAGUUGGAGGGUGAUGAUGAAGAUGAGAGGAGCAGCAGAGAGAUGUUUCAGCAGAUCACAGUGAUGUUCCUGAGGAGGAUGAAGCAGGAGAAGCUGGCUGACUGUCUGCAGAGCAAACUUCCUGCAGUUUGCGGACGUGAACUUAAAUCUUCUCUGAAGAAGAAGUUCCAGAGAGUUUUUGAGGGCAUCGCUAAAGCAGGACAGCCGACCCUCCUGAAUGAGAUCUACACAGAGCUGUACAUCACAGAGGGAGGAACUGCAGAGGUCAAUGAUGAACAUGAGGUCAGACAGAUUGAAGCAGCAUCCAGGAAAGCAGACAGAGCAGAAACAAUCAUCAGAGCAGAAGACAUCCUUAAAGGCUCACCUGGAAGAGAUGGACCAAUCAGAACAGUGAUGACAAAGGGAGUGGCUGGCAUCGGGAAAACAGUGUUAACACAGAAGUUGACUCUGGACUGGGCUGAAGACAAAAGCAACCAGGACAUCCACUUCAUGUUUCCACUGACUUUCAGAGAGCUGAAUGUGGUGAAAGAGAGAAAGUUCAGUUUGGUGGAACUUGUUCAUCACUUCUUCAGUGACACCAAAGCAGCAGAAAUGUGCAGCUUUGAACACUUCCAGGUUGUGUUGAUCUUUGACGGUCUGGAUGAGUGUCGCCUUCCUCUGGACUUCCACAACAAUGAGGUCCUGACUGAUGUUAGAGAGUCCGCCUCAGUGGAUGUGCUGCUGACAAACCUGAUCAGGGGGAAUCUGCUUCCCUCUGCUCGCCUCUGGAUAACCACACGACCUGCAGCAGCCAAUCAGAUCCCUCCUGACUGUGUGGAAAUGGUGACGGAGAUCAGAGGGUUCACCGACCCACAGAAGGAGGAGUACUUCAAGAAGAGAUUCAGAGAUAAGAGGAAGGCCAGCAGGAUCAUCUCCCACAUGAAGAAGUCACGAAGCCUCCACAUCAUGUGCCACAUCCCAGUGUUCUGCUGGAUCACUGCUACAGUUGUGGAGGAGCUGCUGAGAAGCAGAGAGGGAGGAGAUCUGCCCAGAACCCUGACUGAGAUGUUCAUCCACCACCUGGUGGUUCAGGCCAAAGUCAAGAAGGUCAAGUAUGAUGGAGGAGCUGAGACAGAUCCACACUGGAGUCCAGACAGCAGGAGGAUGAUUGAGUCUCUGGGAAAACUGGCUUUUAAUCAGCUGCAGAGAGGAAAUCUGAUCUUCUACGAGUCCGACCUGACAGAGUGUGGCAUCGAUGUGGAAGCAGCCUCAGUGUACUCAGGAGUGUUCACACAGGUCUUUAAAGAGGAGAGAGGGCUGUACCAGGACAAGGUGUUCUGCUUCGUCCAUCUGAGCGUUCAGGAGUUUCUGGCUGCUCUUCAUGUCCAUCAGACCUUCAUCAAGUCUGGAAUCAACCUGUUGGAGAAACAACAACAAACAACAUCCUGGUGGUCUGAAAUGCUCCAAAGUAAAUCAGCACGUUUUUACCAGACAGCUGUAGAUGAGGCCUUACAGAGUCCAAACGGACACCUGGACUUGUUCCUGCGCUUCCUCUUGGGUCUGUCCCUGCCGACCAAUCAGAAUCUGCUACGAGGCCUGCUGACACAGACAGGAAGUAGCUCACAGACCAAUCAGAAAACAGUGGAGUACAUCAAGGAGAAGAUCAGUGAGAAUGUGUCUGUCGAGAGAAGCAUCAAUCUGUUCCACUGUCUGAAUGAACUGAAGGAUGUUUCUCUAGUGGAGGAGAUCCAACAGUCCCUGAGAUCAGGACGUCUGUCCACAGAUAAACUGUCUCCUGCUCAGUGGUCAGCUCUGGGCUUCAUCUUACUGUCAUCAGGAGAAGAUCUGGAAGUGUUUGACCUGAAGAAAUACUCUGCUUCAGAGGAGGCUCUUCUGAGGCUGCUGCCAGUGGUCAAAGCCUCCACGAAAGUUGUACUGAGUGGCUGUAAUCUGUCAGAGAGAAGCUGUGGAGCUCUGUCCUCAGUCCUCAGCUCCCAGUCCUCCAGUGUGACAGAGCUGGACCUAAGUAACAAUAACCUGCAGGAUGCAGGAGUGGAGAGUCUUUCUGCUGGACUGGAGAGUCCACACUGUAAACUGGAAGCUCUCAGGCUGUCAGGCUGUCUGGUCACAGAGGAAGCUUGUGCUUCUCUGGCCUCAGCUCUGAGCUUCAAGACCUCAAAUCUGAGAGAGCUGGACCUGAGCUACAACCAUCCAGGAGACUCAGGAGAGAAGAUGCUGAGAGCUAAAGUGGAGGAUCCACACUGUAGACUGGACACACUCAGGGUGACGCCUGCUGGAGACCCAUGGUUGACACCAGGUCUGAGGAAGUAUUCCUGUCAACUCACAGUCGACACAAACACAGUAAACAGAAACCUCAAACUGUCUGACAACAACAGGAAGGUGACACAUGUGGAGAAUGUUCAGUCGUAUCCUGAUCAUCCAGACAGAUUUGACUUUUAUCCUCAGCUGCUGUGUAGAACUGGUCUGACUGGUCGCUGUUACUGGGAGGUGGAGUGGAGAGGAUGUGUUCAGAUAGCAGUGAGUUACAGAGAAAUCGGAAGGAAAGGAGGCAGACAUGACUGCAUGUUUGGAUGGAAUGAUCAGUCCUGGAGUCUGCGCUGCACUGAUGAUGGUUACUCUGUCAUUCACAAUAACAGUCAAACAUCCAUCAGUUCCUCCUCAGACUCUCACAGAGUUUCAGUUUAUGUGGACGUUCCUGCUGGAACUCUGUCCUUCUACAGAGUCUCCUCUGACUCUCUUAUCCACCUCCACACCUUCAACACCACAUUCACUCAACCUCUCUAUCCUGGUUUUGGGUUCUGGUCAUCUGGUUCCUCCUCAGUGUCUCUGUGUACUGAGUUGAGUCUCCAGAGUCUCCUCCUGGUACAGAAACGGUGUUGAACAGAUAGUUGAGUCUCUCCAUGACUCUGUCCCUCACAAACAUGUUUUCACAUUCAUGGAUUAAAUGUGUUUCUUUGUCAAAUCUUUCUAAAUGAUUCCUUGUAAACUUGUUCCUCUUCAAAGAUGGAAGUUGUGAUUAUUCCAGGAACCAAAUGUGGUGUUUGCGUCUUUUUCCAGUCAAAUGUUGAGAGUGAAAGUCAGGAUGUGGUGUUCCUCUGACGCUCACUUGAAGUAAAAGCAUUUGAGCUGCACAAAGUUUGAAAUGAGAGAGGAAGCAGUGAAUCUCCAAACUGCUGACAGACUUUCACACAUUAUUGUCCAGUGAAAAUCAGCUUUUUGUGCAGCCACACUUGAUCUGAUUUGAGUCUUGAAGCUCUUUUAUUCAGACAUAAAAUGAAUAGACAGAUUAUGAUUACCUUGACAGUUUCGGUGAAAAUGUUCAAGAUCUGUCAUUUUAUGUGUGAACAAAAGAACUCAAAAUGACUGAACUACAGUGACUUCCUGCAUUAUCAGACCACCCCUGACCAAAGUGCACUUCUUCAAUAUAAUGUCUCAAUACAUGAAGUUUAAAGUUUAACAGCUGUAAUGAGCAGCAGCCAGUUCAAAAAGGCGUCUACAUUGAUGGGUAAAAUAAAUUCUUCACGCACGUUUAACAGCUUUCUACCAGCAUUCCUGUCUUGCAUCAUUUGCAGUAGCUGCUUUCCACCAUCAUCAUUUUUCAUAU